GAGAAGGAAAACAGAGAGACAGAGUCACAAGUUGUACUCAAAACAUCCCUCGUUACGCGUGUGGGCGGGAAGGAGCUCCCUCCCUCCCUCUCUGGCUCUCUCCGUUGGGGUUAAGAGAUUUUUAUGCUCUUAACACAAACAAACCCAAUUUCACAAUGUACAAGCUAGCUACUACUCGAAACGUCGUCGUUUACUUCCCUCGCUUCCGUUCCCUUUCUCUUUUCCGUCAAUCUCCUCCUCCUCCUCCUCCUUCUUCUUUUAUUCCCUCUCGCUUCUUCCGAACAAAUGGACGUGUACAGAAGAUAUCAUGUUUUCAAGACAGGAAAGCUUCAAGGGGGAGUAGUAAAGUGACCAAGAAGCUUAGAGUAUCAAAUAAUUUUUUAGAUGAUAAAGAUCUUUCUCACAUAUUAUGGUGGAAAGAGAAGUUGGAGAUGUGCAAAAAGCCGUCAACAGCGAAUCUAAUCGAAAGGCUUGACUAUUCAAAUUUGCUUGGCAUGGAUACUAACUUGAAAAAUGGAAAUCUGAAGGAAGGAACGCUUAACUGGACAAUAUUGCAGUUCAAGUCGCAAUUUCCACGUCAAGUUUUACUCUGCAGGGUUGGGGACUUCUAUGAAGCUGUUGGGAUAGACGCUUGUAUUCUUGUUGAAUAUGCAGGUUUAAAUCCCUUUGGUGGUCUACGAUCAGAUAGCAUCCCUAGAGCUGGUUGCCCUGUUGUGAAUCUUCGACAAACUUUGGAUGAUCUGACACAUCAUGGUUUUUCAGUGUGCAUUGUGGAGGAAGUUCAAGGUCCUGCACAAGCUCGAUCCAUGAAACAUCGUUUUAUAUCUGGGCACGCUCAUCCAGGAAAUCCCUAUGUAUAUGGACUUAUUGGGGUUGAUCAUGAUAUUGAAUUUCCAGAACCUAUGCCUGUAGUAGGAAUUUCUCAUUCGGCAAGGGGAUAUUGCAUUAAUAUGGUCCUAGAGACCAUGAAGUCAUAUUCUUCUGAUGACUGUUUGACAGAGGAAGCAGUUGUUGCAAAGCUUCGAACUUGUCGAUACCAUCAUUUAUUUUUGCAUACAUCUUUGAGGAGGAAUUCUUGUGGAACGUCCAAUUGGGGAGAAUUUGGUGAAGGAGGCCUCUUGUGGGCUGAAUGUAAAUCCAGACAUUUUGAAUGGUUUGAUGGCAACCCUGUUUCUGAUCUUUUGUUAAAGGUAAAGGAGCUUUAUGGUCUUGAUCAUGAGGUUAUGUUUCGGAACGCAACUGUGUCUUCGGGAAAUAGGGCUCAACCUUUAACUCUUGGAACAUGUACACAAAUUGGUGUCAUUCCGAUAGAUGGAAUACCUUCUUUGUUGAAGGUCUUACUUCCCCCACAUUGCAGAGGAUUACCAGUACUGUAUGUUAGGGAUCUUCUUCUGAACCCUCCUUCCUAUGAGAUUGCGUCCAAAAUUCAAGCAACAUGUAAACUUAUGAGCAGUGUAACAUGCUCAUUUCCAGAAUUUACGUGUGUUUCUUCAGCAAAGAUUGCUAAGCUACUUGAAUGGAAGGAGGCUAAUCAUAUUGAGCUUUGUAGAAUAAAGAAUGUGCUUGAUGAAAUUUUGCACAUGUACAAAAACUCUGAGCUUAAUGAAAUAUUGAAACAUUUAAUUGGUCCCACAUGGGUGGCUACUGGGUUAGAAAUUGACUUCAACACCUUGGUUGCUGGAUGUGAAGUUGCAUCUGGUAAGAUUGGUGAAAUAAUAUCUCUGGAUGGUGAGAAAGAUCAGAAAGUCAACUCCUUCUCUGGUAUUCCUGAUGAAUUUUUUGAGGAUAUGGAGUCUGUAUGGAAAGGUCGAAUAAAAACGACCCACGUAAAUGAUGUGCUUACUUCUGUUGACGAAGCAGCUGAGGCAUUGCAUUUAGCUGUUACUGAAGAUUUCACUCCCAUAGUUUCUAGAAUAAAAGCUUCCAUGUCUCCACUUAAAGCUCCUAAGGGAGAAAUAUCUUAUUCUCGGGAGCAGGAAGCAGUGUGGUUCAAGGGUAAGCAGUUUAUGCCAGAUGUAUGGACUGGUAGCCCUGGAGAGGAACACAUUAAACAGCUAAAGCAUGCUUUAGAUUCUAAAGGUAGAAAGGUAGGUAUGGAAUGGUUUACUACUGCGAAGGUGGAUACUGCCUUAUCAAGGUACCAUGAAGCAAAUGCCAAGGCAAAAUCUAGAGUUUUAGAACUUCUAAGAGAACUUGCUACUGAAUUGCAAUCCCAUAUAAACAUCAUUGUCUUUUCUUCCACAUUGCUUGUAAUUACCAAAGCUUUGUAUGCUCAUGUGAGUGAAGGGAGAAGGAGGAAAUGGGUUUUUCCUACAAUAGUAGAGUCCCAAAAGCUUGAGGAUGGGAAGUCGUUCGACAAAAACUGUGAGAUGAAGAUAGUUGGCUUAUUACCAUAUUGGUUGAACAUAGCAGAAGGAGGUGCUGUGCAUAAUACUGUUGAGAUGCAAUCAUUAUUUCUAUUGACAGGACCAAAUGGUGGUGGUAAAUCAAGUUUACUUCGGUCAAUUUGUGCUGCAGCACUACUUGGGAUAUGUGGACUUAUGGUUCCUGCAGAAUCAGCUCUGAUUCCCUAUUUUGACGCGAUCAUGCUUCAUAUGAAGGCAUAUGAUAGUCCAGCUGAUCACAAAAGUUCAUUUCAGGUGGAGAUGUCUGAACUUCGAUCAAUCAUUGCCGGAACCACUAAAAAAAGCCUUGUACUUGUUGAUGAAAUAUGCCGAGGAACUGAAACUGCAAAAGGGACUUGUAUUGCAGGCAGCAUCAUUGAAACUCUUGAUAGAAUUGGCUGUCUGGGUAUUGUCUCUACUCACUUACACGGAAUAUUUACCUUGCCACUGAAUCUCAAGAACACUGUGCACAAAGCUAUGGGCACAGCGUGCAUUGAUGGACAAACAAAACCUACUUGGAAGCUGACAGAUGGAAUUUGUAAAGAAAGUCUUGCUUUUGAAACUGCCAAGAGGGAAGGAGUUCCUGAGAUUAUUAUCAAAAGAGCUGAAGAUCUUUAUCUGUCAGUUUAUGUUGAGAAGCUGCUUUCUACAGAAAAGUUUGCAAAACAUGAAGAAUUUUCUACUUACAUCAAUGGUAAUAAUUUGAAUGGAACACAUGUUGAUUCCAAAGAAAUUGUAUCGGGAACUUCUAAUGAGGGAAUCUCUUUAGCUAAUCCAAUGGAAGUUUCCCAUAAGGAAGUUGAGAGUGCUAUCACCGUAAUCUGCCAGGAUUUUAUAACGGAACUCCAAAGAAAAAAGAUCACACCAGAUCUUACCAAGAUAAAGUGUUUCCUAAUUGGCACUAGGGAAUGGCCUCCUCCGAUGACUAUAGGCUCUUCAACCGUCUACGUAAUGCUCAGGCCAGAUAGGAAACUCUACGUAGGACAGACGGAUAAUCUCGAGGAUCGAAUUCGUGCACAUCGAUCAAAGGAUGGGAUGCAGGAUGCACCAUUCCUUUAUUUCCUAGUUCCGGGAAAAAGCCUGGCAUGCCAAAUAGAAACUCUGCUCAUCAACCAGCUUCCGAAUCAAGGCUUUGUAUUAAGCAAUAUAGCUGAUGGUAAGCAUAGGAAUUUCGGAACAUCCAACCUUUAUGUGUAACUAUAAACAUCAACAAUCUUUUACUCAAUAUUAUUUUAGCCGGUUAUAUACAACUAAUGGCUUUAAUGAUUAAAGGUUAAUCAUCUUUUAAGUUUUACUGAUGGAAGUUUAGGAAGCAAUGUCUGCAGCAUUUUUGUUGGAAUUAGUUGCUGCAGUUGCGAUUAAUUAUGUCCAUAUCGGCAAUGUAGAGAUUUUUGUAUGAGCUUACAAGUACAGUUGGAAUUCUAUUCAUUAAGGAAUGUCUUUCAUGAAUUUCUCUCGCAUUCAUCAUACUUAAAAGUGUAUUAAUACAGCUUAUUAGCACCACACAUCAUUCAUGUGCAAAAUUGUUUAGUACGCGUGGUUCUUUGAAUUGUUACAUACUAUUGGCCUAGUGGCCAACACUUGCACAAAAAAAUGAGAAGGGGAAGUGGGCGUCGGUUCGAACCCACACACUCACUCAUGUCCCAAUAUCAACUGCACUACAACAUGAGGGACAAUUGUGACAUUACAUGGAUUGGCAAGCUAUUAAGAGAACUGUUUGUACAUGUAUAUAAAUUAGUAAGUUUUUUGCUAUGAUACUUUGACACAGACAGUGAACAUGACACUGAUAUCAGUAAUUUGCUAUGAUUCUUGUAGUAAUGCUCUAAAAACUUCA